UUUUUUUAAAAAACCUUUUUUUUUUUUUUUUUUUUUUUUUUUUUACAUAAUAAAUGGGGGAUUACGGGUUCGGCUUGUUACAGACAGCAAAUAUACCCAAUAGCUCCACAAUCUUCGGCGGAGGCACUUUUAGGUCUUAUAUGACAGCUACACCGGCUUCUACCCAGUUUUCUCCUCUAUCGCUCAGCAACAUCUCGAUUUCAAGCAGCAGCAGCAGCACCAGCACCAGCAGCGAUAACGUCAGUGUAUCCUCUCCGUUCCUGUCAGCUGCUGCGCAUCCUCAAAACAUGCAGGAUGAGCUGCUUCUUGGCGUGACAACAACGCAGCAACACCACUCUCUACCAUCAGAGAGAAACAACAGCAACAACAUCCUUAACAAGACGGGUCAACCCACAAAUAACAACCCCGACUUUGGCAAACAGCUGGAUCAGCAAAACCGGCUGGAUUUCUACCAACUAAACCAGAAGCAACGGCAGCAGUUCUCCGAGUUCAACCCCACGGCAAAUUCUGACACAUUCGGGCAGCAAAUGGAUAACUUGCAGCAAGAGCUGAAGAAACACCAUCAGCAGAUACAUCAGCAGCAGGCAGAUUUCGGCAAAAAACAGCAACCCCAUCCACCGCCGGCGCAGGUUGAAUUCAAUCACUUCGCUCAGAAUCAGCAGCAGUACCAAGCCCUGAACCAACAGCAGGGUUCCUCGGAAUCGGAUCAAGGAAACUGCGAACUGGAGAGUCCUAUUAAAACCAGCUCGCCGGUGGCGGAAGAAAUAGGGGUUUCUGAAACCAAUGUUGGGGCAGCUGCCUCGUCAUCGCCGUCUCCUGUGAAUCCCAACAAGACUAAAAUCCAAAUGGAAUUCCCCAAUAACCACCUGAUCAACAGCAACGGGAGUAGCGCCGCUAAUAAUAUGUUGCCCGCAGGUCUUGUGGCCUGUUUCAAUAACCUUCAGAACCAGGAGAUGCAAAACCAGCAACAGACCCACGGGGGGUCAUCUUCGCCUGCUCUGCCUGGUUUUGGCACCCCUUGGUCAGUGCAGACCAGCUCUCCACCGCCCCCAGUCACCAACUCAACCACCCCAAACCAUGCUAGCCCCAUGAAUCAGAUCUCCAACGCUGAGACUGACAACAGUUUUUACCCCGGGAUCCCCUCCUCUGUAAACACUGCCUUUUUCCAGAGCUUUUCACCAGUGUCUGCUAAUCCCUGUGCUGGCAUUAACGUGCAGGGCUUCAAUAGCCCUUUCUCUCCCCAGAUUAAUGUACCUCAGCAACAGAAUAGGAGAUCUCCAGUAAGCCCCCAACUGCAUCAUCAACAUCAGACCGCUUUCCUGCAGCAGAGAAACAACUAUAACCAUCAUCAGCCUGUUAUGAAGCAGUCCCCUUGGAACAGUCAUCAGGGCAGUGGCUGGAGCUCAGGAGGCAUGUCUUGGGGAGGGAUGCACGCCAGAGACCACCGCAGACCUGGAGGAGUAGGAAUCCCAGGCACCAUGAACCAGAUCUCCCCCAUGAAGAAGCCUUUCUCCAGCAACAUCAUCGCACCGCCCAAGUUCCCCCGCUCUGCAGCCUCACUGACACCAAAAUCCUGGAUCGAAGACAAUGUGUUCCGUACAGACAGCAAUAGCAACACUCUGCUGCCACUACAGGAUCGCACUAGAAUGUACGACAGCUUGAACAUGCACUCCCUGGAAAACUCGCUUAUUGAUAUAAUGAGAGCAGAACAUGAUCCACUGAAGGGCCGAAUGGGAUACCCACAUCCUGCGACUGACAAUCUUCUUAUGCUGAAUGCAAGGAGUUAUGGGAGAAGACGAGGGCGCUCAUCUCUGUUCCCUAUAGACGAUGGGCUACUGGAUGAUGGGCACAGCGAUCAGGUGAACUCCCACAGCUGUUACCCCCACCAGAACGGCGAGCGCAUUGAGCGCUUUUCAAGGAAGGUGUUUGUUGGUGGCCUGCCUCCAGACAUUGAUGAAGAUGAAAUAACCACAAGCUUCCGACGUUUUGGACAUCUGGUCGUGGACUGGCCUCACAAGGCUGAAAGCAAAUCCUACUUUCCACCAAAAGGUUACGCCUUCCUGCUGUUCCAGGAGGAGAGCUCAGUUCAGGCUUUGAUUGAAGCUUGCAUUGAAGAAGAUGGAAAACUCUAUCUCUGUGUUUCUAGCCCAACAAUCAAGGACAAACCAGUCCAGAUCCGCCCAUGGAAUCUCAGUGACAGUGACUUUGUAAUGGAUGGUUCACAGCCACUGGACCCUCGUAAAACCAUCUUUGUUGGCGGAGUUCCUCGUCCCCUCAGAGCAGUGGAAUUAGCUAUGAUAAUGGAUCGUCUCUACGGUGGAGUUUGCUAUGCAGGAAUAGAUACAGACCCGGAGCUGAAGUACCCCAAAGGUGCCGGGCGCGUUGCCUUUUCUAAUCAGCAGAGUUACAUUGCCGCCAUUAGUGCCCGCUUUGUUCAGCUGCAGCAUGGAGAUAUUGACAAACGGGUGGAGGUGAAGCCAUAUGUCCUGGAUGAUCAGAUGUGUGAUGAGUGCCAGGGAGCCCGUUGUGGUGGGAAGUUUGCUCCUUUCUUCUGUGCCAACGUCACUUGCCUGCAGUAUUACUGUGAGUUUUGCUGGGCGAACAUCCACUCUCGUGCAGGGCGCGAGUUUCACAAGCCGCUAGUCAAAGAAGGGGCUGAUCGUCCGCGGCAGAUUCACUUCCGCUGGAACUGAAGGGCAGGGUAAAAGAUCCGCAAGACGGCCCAAGAGUGCAUGUGGCUUACUGUUUAAGAAGAUGCCAAGACAUUGAGGGAGAAAUAAGUGCAUUCUUCUGCCUCUUUCCCUAAGCUAUCAAUACAGUACAUAUAUUUUUUGUAGCAGCCAAAACACUACAAGCCUCUGUUUUUCACCAAAACCCUACAUCUCAGGCUUUACUAACUUUUUUGUGGUACUUUCAUGUUUUUUAAAAGAAUAAAAAACAAACAGUUUUUUGUAGUUUUUUCAAAUUAUUUUUAUAUGUAAAAUUUAAACUAGAUAUAAGAAUGUUUUUGCAUGGGGACACAUAAUCUGCUGCUAUCUCCAGUAGGUGAAGCAUGCACUUAUUUCUGGGAAAUCUUGAUUUUUAACUCUUAAGACCUGCCCCAGUGAUUUUACCAAAGGUAGUAAAAAUGAUAGGAGGCAAAGUGAAACAUUUCUGCCACAACACAAAUUUUAUUUUUGAUUCUUGCUAUUUGCUUUGUAUUCUUAA